AUGGAGGCUAUUAAUUCAGCAAGUUUUUAUUUAAAUCAAAAAUUUGACUCAUUUGCAUCACUGCAAAAUUUUAUAAAGGAAUAUGAAAAUCUUAAUUUUGUUCAAUUAUGGAAAAGAGAUUCCAGAAAAAUAUUAGCAGCUAAAAAAAGACUUUCAAAAGAGCUCAAAGAAUCUCUUGUUUAUUAUGAAGUAAAGUACUGCUGCAUUCAAGGUGGUGUUAACUUUAAGUCUAGAAGUCGAGGACUACGCAGUGCAUCAACAUUUAGGCAAAAAUGUCCAGUUAAUGUGGUUCUUCGUGAAUCCAAAGAUGGUCAGAAUCUGCAAGUAAAAAGUCUUAAUAUGAACCAUAAUCAUGAAGUUUCCCAGGAGUUAUACAGUCAUUUACCAAAACAAAGAAAACUUCCUGAAGAUUUUGAAAGAGAAGCAGUAAAAAUGAUAAAAUUGAAGGCCAACAAAAAGCUAAUAAAGCAGCAGCUUUCGCAACAGACUGGUAAAGUGGUCCUUUUUAAAGAUCUUUCUAAUAUUCAGAAUAGAUUAAAGAUUGAGCAACAGUUGAUAUUUUCACAGAUAAUGCAAAUGUGUUUAAAGGAUUAUUCUUUCAAGACCAAUUAA